AUGAGCAGGAGUGUGAACUUCGCAAAGGUCUGGACUGAUCUUCCCCUCUUUGCCAAGUCCGACGACGAGAUCCAUGGAGCUGAUUCGCAGGCUCCAAUGUCCCAUCUGCCUUGCCCUUGGAGCUUCAUGGUUCGAUGCAUUCCAAUGAUGUGCAACCUCCUCGACACGAUAGCACUUGCAAUUCGGUCGCGUGCCGGCACUGGCCUGGAUCCAUACUUUGAUCGCUUUCCGACACCGCUAGGACUCCUUGUCAUGUUUGUGAGUUGCUUGGCCCACUCGCUCCAACCCACAGACACGACACAGAUCAACGCAGUUGCUUUCAGAGCUUUCGGCAUGGUAGCGUCUGAGCCGCCGGAAAGUGGCCUUGGGCAGCCGUCCACCCUCCCACCACAGGAGUGCCUCUGGCCCAUCAGGGCAGACCAGCAACCCGAGGUGGUUCACACGGUGGAGGAGUUUCUAGAGAUCUUGCAGAUGCAGCGGCACCUGGAACGAGUAGUUGUCUUGCCCAACGGCAUCGAGCUACUUGGCCAGACCCGCGCGCUGCCGGAAGAGCUUUGUCAAGCAAUUGCUGGGUCGCUCGGUGUCCGGGACGUGCUAGGGCGUCUCGGAGAACAAGCUUCGGCUCACUUCAGAGCUCGGCUUUGGCACUACAGCGCCCGCAGCAAGGAAAAAGAGAUCAAGGUGCCCAAGUCUCGACCUCCUCCAGAAGGAGUGGAUAAGAAAAGCCUAGCUGCUCUCCGGCAGGAGUUCCUGGCCCAGGAGAGAGAAGGCAAAGUCAAGUCUGAUGCACCCCUCUACAUCUCUGAGCUUCGAUGGCAACGCAAGGUCUCGCAUCCACUCAAUCCUAGUGAGUGGGUGAAAACAGCCACCAGCUGCGACGUUUUUGACAUCACACCAUUUUCCAAGCAGAUGCCACUCUGGGAAAGGUCCGAGGGUGGCAUCUUCGUGGGCGAGCGUGGUGCUGGCUCAGGGUUACACGUUGAUCAGUGCCUCUGGUCAAAUGUGGGUCGCAACUGGUGCGGGUUCAAGCUUUUUGCACUGUGGCCUUGGUCGGAAAGGCAUCGGAUAUUGGACGAAGCUGGCAAAGGUGCGAUUUUCCAUCCUCCACUGACAAAGAGAGAGGAGGACUUCCUCAGCCGCGCAAAAACCGUCGCUCUGGUUGGGCCUGGAGACGUCUGGGUCUUCAGUGGUGGGCAGCCGCACACAGCCAUGUGUGUGGGAGACGGUGUUAACGUUUGCGCAUACGAGUCGUUCGUUCCAGCCAACGAAGAGGCCAUGAAGCUUCUCGUACAAUCCAACACCAAGAGUGCGCACUGGCGCAACUGUUGGAUGGAUGAUGAUGACUUGGAUGAGUUGUACGAGGACGUGGUAGACUCGCUGCAAGGGGCGCUGCGCGACUCCAGGCUCAAUCGCCAGCUCCGGCAACGUCUGGAAGCGUGCCGACGAGUUAUGAGGGAGUGUGAGGAUAGCUACUGCAAGGACCUUUGGGCACAAGAAGACCGCGGCGAGCGGCGCCGCAGAAGAGAGGAGGAUGGAAGCAGCGAUGAUGCUUCCCAAUGCUCAGAAGGUCCUUGCAAGAAGGUGCGGGCUGAUGCUGGUAACACUGGUAAGACGUCCGCUUGA